AAUGUCUACACUCAAAUAAAUUCGUGAAAAUGUAUAAAUGUCAUGUCUAAAACUAAAAGAUUCAGUCAUUAUACAUUGAAUCAUUGAUUAAAUAUUAAUUAAUACAUUUUUAAAAGGGAAUUAACACUGUAAGCGAACACAAUGUUUUCAACUAAAAAUGAAGCGCCACUCAAUUUGCCGAGAGAGGAUGUGUUUCUAAAUGGUAGAGAUAAACACAUAGUAUGGACCAGUCCACCCCAUCAUGUACCAGUUUAUCCAAACUGGCAGGAGCUGAGAGCUGUGCGCUACAACCCCAGACUAACUCGCAGAGAUGAAACUAGCAAAGAAGUUGAAGAAGACUGGACUGUGUUUCAUAGACAAAGAUACACCCCAGAAGGAGGCUUUGGACAUCCAAUCGGGACUCAGCCAUCUGGUGUGCCAGCAUUAAGAUUAGAUGGAUACACUCGACAUAUAAAUGGCAUGCCCCCCAGAGACAUCUUUCUCUACCGUUGGCCAAAAGCAGACUCUUGGACAGCACCAGCAAGAGCUCCAAGGGGCGAGUACUAUGGAUAUUAUCACGAAGCACUGGAAGCGGAAAAAUUCAUGAGAAACAGGCUUCAGCCCAUCCACAGGCGCAUCUCGGCUUUUGAUGUCCCGCAAAUAACAUCACUCAGCUCUCGGCAGACUUUUUACGACGUGGACAGUAACACUGGUGCAGGCCUAUAUUAAUAAACCAAUCACAGCUUUCAUCCUGUUGUAACAUCUGACUAGGACUAAUGGUGUUACUUAUACACCACCCAGUCAAACUAUUCAUCAGUAUUAUUUUUUGUUACAUUACCUUUUAGAGUGUAAAUAUAAUAACCCAACUAGAUGUACAUAUUAUACUAUCAGUAUGAACAAAAAAGUAUUGUGCUAAUUUUAAAGACAUCUGACAUUACCGAAAAAUUCUCUUUAUCGAUGUGUUAAAUAUGCUGGCAUCCUUUUUUUUUUGUCAUCAAUAGUAUUUGUAAUCAGUAACUUCUUUGUAAAUACUAAAGGGAACAAAAGAAAAUAAAAUAAAACAGUUUACAGUGUUA